UGCUGCUGCACUCUCAGUCAGUGAUCAUGUGGCGCGCAGUGUUAACGGUCGUGUGCGCAGUGCUCGCAGUAGCGGCUGCGUACUACCGCUCUCCCAACCAGUACACCUGCGUAGACAUCCCCCGCAACCUGUCACUCUGUCACGGCAUUGGCUACGACAAGAUGAGGCUUCCGAACCUCCUGGACCACGACUCAGUCUCGGAGGUGACCCAGCAGUCCGUGUCCUGGGUGCCUCUACAGAAUGUCCACUGCCACCCCGACACCCAGCUGUUCCUGUGUUCUCUGUUCAGCCCAGUUUGUCUGGACCACCCCAUCUACCCGUGCCGCUCCCUGUGUGAGAAGGUCCGUAGGGGAUGUGAGGGUCGCAUGCGGACCUACGGGUUCCCCUGGCCCGAGAUGUUCCAUUGUGAUAAGUUCCCUGUGGAUAACGACAUGUGCAUCGCGUCCAGAACCUCUUCGGACCCGCAGCCAGGAGCUCUGAGUGUCUGGGCAGAUGGCCGGCAGCAGCUCCAAGUGUUUGACAGAAGAGUUUAUCCUCCCAAGCCAACUGUCACUACUCAACCCCCUGGUAGUCUCUGCAAAAUAUGUGAUCCUGUUGAAACAUAUGAAAAUAUUCUGGAUAACUUUUGUACGUCUGAUUUUGUUAUUCGAACCAGAUUCAAAAGAGUGCACCGAUCAAAACUUAGCUGCAAGAAGGUUAAGAUUCUCAAAAAAGUAAAACCUGGCAUAUUAAGUAAAAAACUGCGAAGGCCGAUGUUAACUUUAGACCCAUCAAGUUCGUGUUGUGAAGAUAAGGUGAAGAGGUACAAUAAGGAAAACUUUCUAGUCAUGGGUCAUAUACGAGGAUCAGAUCUGGUCCCGAGUUUCAUUAUGAGAUGGAUAGCGAAAAGUUCAAAGGUAUUUAAGAAGGCAAUCCGAACAUUCAAGAGUCUGAACUGCACUGACCCCAAGUUCAUCUCACAUUCAGUCAUCGGAGAAAAAUUCAACUUGGCUGACUUCUCUACUGCCGGACAUCCUAUCUUCACCCAAAAAGACAUUCACUUUCCAUUCUCGACUUCAGCACCAAAUAAAUAGACACUUGCUGUUAGAGUCAGUGUGGUACCAAAAAAGACAACUUUUAUAUUUGAAGAUUUAACUUUUUUUAAGGUUUAGAUUUUACCAGUGACAAAGACAUUUUUCUAUGACUUAGGGUAAAUAAAUACAGACAGUGUGGCAGGGUGUAUCAUGGAACGGUGAUUGUCAUAGCACAAAGACAUCCAGAUAAGUUUAGCGGCAACUUAGGACAGUUUGGAACAUGGUGUUUUCAAAGUAUAAGUGAAUGUUUAGCUUUAUCUCUCAAAAUUGUUUACUAUUAGUGAACAUCUACAUCCUAGUAUUGCAAUGCCUCAUAUUCAGGAAUCUGUAGAAACAUCACAAUACUCUCUGUGUGAAUAGUUUCAUUGCUUGUUAAGAUUGUGUUUGAAUGGAUACGCUAUGAUACAGAAUGUCAAGCCACACAGUUCAUGUGUUCUUUACCCUGAGUUAGUCCCUAUGCCUGUUAUUCGAUGUUGUAUACAUCUUUUGUGUGUUAUUAUAUAUUUUAUAUAUAUUUUAGAAUUUAAAUUAGAUGGGACUAACUUAGUGACAGUUAGUCUUAGUUUUUGGUGCCAAUCAAGUCAAGUUAUUAGUAUUUUGAGGUUUGAUGCGAAUAAAUACUUUAUACAACGUACACCCUGAGACCCAAAGAGACAGUAAAAAAAUUACAAAAAGCUUUCAAUGGAUUUAGCAAACACAUAUAUCAAAGUAAACUUUAUCUUUGUUUGCUAUUUUGAGUCUUAAUUAGGCUGUAAUUUCAGUAACAAACUAUUAUUGUUGUUUAAAAUGGAAAUUACACUAAACCAACAAAUUAAAAAUGAACAAUACAUCUUCAAAAUUUAAUUUGUAUAGUAAAGUGUGUCUUAAAGUUUAGAACUGAAACCAAACUGUUUGCUUUCAUAAAAAUGUAUGUAGAAUAAAUUGAAAAUAGUUCAAGUAAAACAUAUAUUAUCUAUACUAGCAAAAAGCCAAUAGCAAUGCCACGGUAAAUAAAUUGUUCAAAAUAACCAUUUGAAACUGACACCACAUAGACUAAUAAUGCCAAAGGUAAAGCCUAAAAGGCAGUAAAUUAAUGUAUAUCAAAUUCAUCACUAAUUUCAUAUACAAUUAAAUUAUUUAUUUAUCUUUUUUUAGAUAAAACUUUUUCAACAGUAAGAAAAACUUUAAUUUAUUCAGAUAAAAGUUUGAAAACUUGAAGUUGAAGACAGGUGUUCUAAUACUAAUCAAUAACUUUUUCAAAAUGUUGAAGAGGGUCUCUUUGUUUUAGUUCAUUAACUUUUACAAUACAAACAUACAAUACUUAAUCAGAAAAAUGUUGUUUGGUGUAUAUUUAACACAAUAGUCCUACAGAAAAACUAUAAUCUGUAUAAAUGAGAAAAUAUUGAAUUAAAUUUUUACACUCUG